CUUUUCAUUAAAUUUUAAUUGUGAGAUACAAUCACAAAAUGAGAGUGCAUGAAAAAAAUACACCACCGUCAUCCCUUAACGACGAUGAAAUCGAACCAAUGGGGGAAGAGCUCAUGAAUUUCGAUGAAAUGGAGGAAAUAAAUUUAGAAGAAUACGAUAUGGAAGAAGAGGUGUAUGACGAUGAAGGCGAAGAGAUAGAACCAAGUGAAGAUCAUGCUUUUAUGGUUUUCGACAAACACAAAGGUGCUGUAUUUUGUAGCGAUCUGCACCCUAACGGCAAAAUUGCAGUAACUGGAGGCAUAGAUGAUAAAGCAUACGUGUGGUCUGUAACAACUAGUGAAGUCAUAAUGGAAUGUUCUGACCGUAAAGACUCCGUUCUUUUUGUCGGCUUUAGCUUUGAUGGUGCCUACCUAGCCAUUAUUGAUUUUCACGGACUGAUAAAAGUUUAUAAAUGUAAUUUAGAUGAAAACCAACAAGGACCGUGGCCUCAAGUGUUUCAAUAUCAAGCAGGGGAUUUUAUAUGGGGACUUUGGCACUUCGGAACUAAUGUCCUUUUUUUUGGCGAUAAAAGUGGAGAUAUAUUUGUCUUUAAAAUACCUACAGGUGAAACAAAAGUCUUGCAAGGGCAUAAUAUGCAAACUGAGUGUGGUAAGAUGUUUCAUGAUGGAAGACGUUUAGCAGCUGGAUAUAGUGAUGGAAACGUUAAAAUUUGGGAUGUGAAAUCAAGUACAAUAUUGCAUCAAGUAAAAGUGGCAAGCGAAGUUCGUGAUAUUGAUGUACAUCAUGACGAUACUCUUGUAGCAGCUAUAUCAGCCGAAGGUGAAGCAAUCUUGAUUACCCCAAAUAAUGGUAAAAUUGUUGCAAAAUGGAUGACUGAUGACGAUUUAGAACUUGUAGUCUUUUCAAAAAAUCCUCUACUUGAUUUAAUAUCUUUAGGUGCCUUGAAUGGAUCUUUAACCUUAUGGGACACAGCAACGAAAAUUUUGCGACAUCAUUGCACUAAAAAUAACCCUGAGUUACCUUUUGGGGUGACGCGGAUGAUAUGGAUAAAAGACAAAAUAGUCACAGCACGUCUUGACGCAUCUAUACGUGCUUACGACGCAAGGUCUGGUUCUGAAUGUCUUGUUUUAACAGGACACAGGCGGAUUAUAUUAGACAUGUGUUACAACCCCAAGGAAAAUAUUAUAUUGACCACCUCAGAGGAUGGCACUGCAAGAUUAUAUAAGUACACGUUGAAAAACGGGCACGAAUAAUGUUAAAAUUUGUAAUAUAGUUGUGAUAAAAAUAUUUUUUAAUCAAA